AUGGCUCACUGGGUCUUGCUGAUUCUGAGUUCUGCCUCCAUGCUGAUCGCCUUCCCUGCCUCGAGCCUCCUCUCCCGCCUCUACUACUCCGGCGGCGGCGGAAGCUACUGGAUCAUCUCGUGGACGGCGGUCGCCGGAUGGCCCAUCACCACCCUCCUCCUGGUCCCUCUCUACGCCGCCACCUCCACGGCGGCGCCGUCACCGUUGACCUUCAAGCUCUUCCUCUGGUACGCCGCACUGGGCAUCAUCAGCGCCUUAGAUAACCUCCUCUUCGCACUGGCCUACGCUUAUCUCCCCGCAUCGACCGCUUCUCUGCUCGCAUCCUCCUCCCUCAUAUUCUCCGCAUUCUUCGGAUGGAUCAUCGUCAAGAACAAAGUCAACCUUUCGGGCCUCAACGCCAUCAUCAUCAUCACCGCCGCCGUUGUCAUCAUAGCCCUGGAUUCAAGAUCGGACGGCUUACCGGGCGUCUCGAGGGGGCUGUACGCCCUCGGCUUCAUAUUCGACAUCUUGGGCUCAGCCCUCCACGGCCUCAUCUUCGCCCUCUCCGAGCUGGUCUUCGUCAAGGAGCUGGGAAGAAGAUCCUUCCACGUAGUGUUGGAGUUCCAGACCAUGGUGUCGUUGACCGCUUUCAUAGUUACCACAAUUGGGGUCGUCGCCAAAGGAGACUUGCAGCGGAUGAGAGAGGAGGCCGCCUCAUUCGAGCAUGGUCAACUCUCUUACACGAUGGUUCUUGUCUGGGCGGCGGUCAGCUUCCAGCUGGGAGCCCUGGGAGGAACCGCUGUGGUUUAUCUGGCCUCCACGGUGAUGGCCGGGAUACUCAAUGCGGUAAGGGUGCCACUGACCAGCAUCGCCGCAGUCAUCCUCUUCAAAGACUCUAUGACGGGCUUCAAGAUCCUGUCUUUGAUCAUCACCGGGUGGGGAUUUGUGUCCUACACCUUAGGUCAUCCCUCAGUCGGCAAGACCGAAUAA